GCGACAGUGGGCUGAGUAGCUAGAGGGGAACGCCCCCUCCGGUGCACCGCCACAAAAAGGCUCAGAGAUUCACACAGUGCCCGGGUGCAGAUCCCUGUCAACGCAGACUUACAGGCACAUCCCGCGGGGCUACUGAGUGGAAUCGGAGUGGUCGCCGACUCCCCUGCCGUCGCCAAGAUGCACAACUUGUCGCUCUCUGAGCCCGGCGGAGGCAAUUUGUCGUGCGGCAGCUCGGCUCUGGGCUGUCUCAACUGGUCGAGCCCCGCGCCUUUGCCGCUGCCCCGGCCACUGGCGGUCGCAGUUCCUGUCGUCUACUCGGUGAUCUGCGCCGUGGGACUGGCGGGCAACUCAGCGGUGCUGUACGUGCUGCUGCGCGCGCCGCGAAUGAAGACUGUCACCAAUGUGUUCAUCCUCAACCUGGCUAUCGCCGACGAGCUCUUCACCCUGGUGCUGCCCAUCAACAUCGCCGACUUCCUGCUGAGGCGCUGGCCCUUCGGGGAGGCCAUGUGCAAGCUCAUCGUGGCCGUCGACCAGUACAACACGUUCUCUAGCCUCUACUUCCUCACCGUCAUGAGCGCGGACCGCUACCUGGUGGUGCUGGCCACAGCCGAGUCGCGCCGGGUGUCGGGGCGCACUUACGAUGCUGCGCGCGCUGUCAGCCUGGCGGUGUGGGUGCUGGUGACUCUGGUCGUGCUGCCCUUCGCGGUGUUCGCCCGGCUGGACGAGGAGCAAGGCCGGCGCCAGUGCGUGCUGGUCUUCCCGCAGCCAGAGGCUUUUUGGUGGCGUGCCAGCCGCCUGUACACACUGGUGCUGGGCUUCGCCAUCCCGGUCUCCACGAUUUGCGCUCUCUAUACCACCCUGCUGUGCAGGCUGCGAGCCAUCCACCUAGACAGUCACGCCAAGGCUCUGGACCGAGCCAAGAAGCGUGUAACCUUGUUGGUGACAGCGAUCCUGGCCGUGUGCCUCAUCUGCUGGACGCCUUACCACUUGAGCACCAUAGUGGCACUCACCACCGACCUGCCUCAAACACCGCUGGUCAUCGGCAUCUCUUACUUCAUCACCAGCCUGAGCUAUGCCAACAGCUGCCUCAACCCCUUUCUCUAUGCCUUCUUGGAUGACGGCUUCCGCAGGAGCCUUCGGCAGCUGAUAUCCUGCCGUGCUGCCUGACGCCCUGUGGACCCGAGGCAGCACUGCCAGCUGGUUUCAGGGGAACCCCGGGAGUGCGGUUCCCAAGCAGCAGGCCCGACGUCUUGAGGCCCCUUCCCAGCAUACAGAGCCUCAGGCCCUUCUCAGAACUGAGCGAUCCUGGAUUUCACCAGCCCUUAGGUGAGGUCCAGGACAGCUUAGGUAAGGACACGGCACUGGUUUCUCCCUACAGCUAAGGGCAGAGCUUGAUCCCUGAACUUAGGGAAAGUGACAGGCAGUGUUGUUGAAACAGGAAUCCAACUCUGCCUCAUCUUCUCCUGAGUAGGACAUCCCUAGGAUGUAGCAGGCGCCCCCCUCCGGCGACUCAGCGCUUGGCUGUGUUAUUUUGCUUCUUUGCCUUCCAGGACAGACGCCAGUGAUUUUGAUCACGCUGGUAAACAACCUGUCCUGAACACUCUAAUUGCCUGGGAAUGGCGUUAAAGACACAAUCACUAGAGGUGUGGAGCUGAGCAUGCAUGAUGAAGGAGGCUGGAGCCUGGCUAUGACUGACAGGAAUAGAGAUAAUCACCCAUCCAGUCUCCCAGACAACCUUCUUUCCAACCCCUGGACUCAGCCUAAAGAUCGCAAGAGAAAUCACCAGAGCCGGGUUCCAGCGCCCUCUUGAGGAGCCAGGUAUCCAGCGAGUUUCCGAGAACAGUUUUUACACUGUGGGGCACCAGCCAACAGCUCUUAACAUCCCUGUCCCUCUUCUUCCUGGUGUCUGUAAGUACUCCAAAACAUCCCUGCUUCCUGGACUUCACUGGUCUCACUCACGACUUGGACUAAUUUAUAUGUGUGUACAGUUUUUCAGGACGAAGAACUCUGUAAUAAUACAUAUGUCGUCAUCUCACAGGCUACUCAGAGGACUGUAAAAUAUAAAAGUGCAACUUGUUUCAUCCUUGGUUCCACUUCCUGAAUAUUCUUUCAGGACCUCCCUUCAGGGACAGCCCGGAAUAAGACCCACAUGGCACCUCAGCCUUUUCUUGGCUAGACCCUUGCUUACACUCUAACCACAGGAAACUCCCAAGCUUUGUUCAGUUCUAGGGAUUGCCUCUAAAAGCCCAGGGAACACCUGUUUCUGCUUUCCCACAGGGAUUGCUGGUUACCUGUUUGUUUGUUUGUUUGUUUUUUAAAUCUCGUUAUAUCUACCUAUGGAAGACAGGCUUAGAGAGAGGUCUGACCAGCCUUCUGCAGUUUGCACCUCAGACACUAGGUCUGGGAUGACCACACUCAUCAAAGACUGCACUGUCUUAAAUGGUGUGUUUAGGAUGAAUCAUUGGAAAGAAUGAUAUGAUUUUAAGGUUUGUCUCCUAUGGAAAAGUUGGAUUUUAUGUGUAACAAAAGUGUUGGUAUCAGAUUUUGUUCAGCUAGUUUGGUACUCAAGCGAAUUUCUCUGUUAUUUACAUUCAAAAGACCCUUCAAAAAUAUGCAGAAGGGAAAUGCUCUCUCUUGAAAGAAGGAGACCAAAUCUGUCUCUGAUUUUGGUGAAUGAGAAUUGGUUCCCUAUUUCUUGGGAAUGUAGGAAAAUUAAGAUAAUUUUCUAGUAUUAGUUGAGAAAGUUAAUCUAGAAGCUGUGUGUCUUGUGUGUAAGUAACAGCAAAUUGGUCUAAAUAAAGCUUUCCAUCAGUCAUGCCUUUGAACCAUUAGCCUCUGAUGUGUCUUCAGAAGGAUCUGGAAUUUAUUCAUAGCCUAAAAGUUUCUGGAUAACAUUCUACAGGAAUUUCAUUAAAAUUUAAUUCUUGUAUGAAUGCUCUGUAAUUUUUCAAAAAUAGUGUUUUAAAAUGGAGUGACAUUUAAAUUGCACAGGGUGAUGGAUAAAGGAGAUGAUGGAACUUUGACCACAGAUGCUAAGCACCAUCACCUUAACUGGAAAUUUGGUCUUUACUAGCUCAGCAACAGCACAGAUCAGAGGGAGGCUCAGGUAGCUUCCUGUUCAUUGCAUCACGCCUUCCUGAGAUGGGCCUGUGUCUCUUCUGUGGUCUCUGGAUGCUGGUGGAAAAACACAGGUAGGGAUAUUAUUUUGUCCCUUCCCUCACAUCCAGGUACAGACUGGCAACCUAGUUUACACGAAGAGAACUCAGUAUCAGUAUCACUCUGGCUUCCUAGGUUUCUGGUUAUCACUGUAUCACCUCCAGGCCAUCACCAGUUUGUGAGAUUUGGGAGUCCAGACAGAAUGUCUAAUACCUUCCAUUUAUGUCUUAGGUGAUACAUAGAAUAAAUUAGCAAACAAGUCAUCCAGGAGUAGAAUCUAUAAUUCCAUGUUAAUUCUUACAGCCUGUGUAAACUAUGCUGUCUGUUUACCACUUCUAAUAUUUAAAAAUCUGGAUUUGGUUUUAUUUAAUUUAGUAUAAUUGAAAAUG